ACUAAAAAACCAAUUGAUUGAUGCAAAUUAGUCGCUAGGAUAUUGGAUAUUGGAUUAACCUCUGAGUUUUCGGAGCAAUUUCGGAGGUAGCGCUACGUCGCGUGCCUUGCGAAUAGUUUCCCUGACUACAUUAACUUUCGGGGAAAACACAUUUCUGAAUUUAUAUGUUUUCUCAUUCUUAUCGGCCGUCAUAUAUCAAGACUGCACUUAAAUACUCAACGUAUGCAUAUGGAGCAUCACCAAGACUUCAAAACAACGACCCUUUUUCCCAAAAACCACAUGAAUCCAAAGUUCUGACUGUUAAGAAAAGGGACAAUCCUCAGAUUGAUGAACUAUCGCUUAAUGCGGCUAUACUUAUCAAACAAUCUGAGUGUGCUCUAACUUCCAAGCACAUUCCUCCUAGGUUCCAAACAAUCACAAAGUGUUGCAAACAGUUUUGGAUGGCGAAUUUUCCCGAGUGGUCUCGCAUUCUUGAAAUAAAACUGGACAAGGACCCACACUUUCUUGACAGUCAUAUUUCAGAACCCGGUUUCCCGCAUAGUUUCUCUGCUCAGCUUUCAAAAAUUUUUAAUUUCAAUAUCAAACUAGCAGGAUUCUUGGAUUCAAGUAUUGCGUCAGGAGAGGUUUUUAAUUUUCUACGGUUUUGUGAUUCCGUUUACAAAGAAUCGCGAACAGCUAAAGGAUUUCGACGUGGCCAUAUUAUACAGACCUCAAUGGUUUACGAAAAGCUAGCAAAUUAUUACGCAAAAUGUGGUGACUGGAGUGGAUACAUUAAAUUACUGGAACGAAUGAAACGAGAGGGUUUGUUACCUUCAAAAAAUACUUAUUUCUAUGGAUUCGAAUGUUUGGGUAAACUUAUGAACGAGAAUGGAUCUCAACUUCCACCGUCUUCGCACCCUCAGUCUAUUUCAAAAAAUAAAGCAUUUAAUCGCAUAACUCCCAAAUCAGUUAUACCUAUGGAAAAAAUUGGACGCGAAGCUAAAAAUCUAAUAGGUGCUGCUGAAAAGGAGGGACAUGAUCUAACUCAGGGUUUACUAGGUUUAUCUCUAGAAGAAGGUUCAUUGAGGAACAUUCUCACUGCUUUGUUGUAUGUCCGACCAAAUAUAAAUCCAAAUCUUAAUUACUUUAUACACUAUUCAUCCAGUAAUAUUUCAUCACAUACCAAACGUAUCAAGGAAAUAUCUCAUCCAGCUCAAAAACAUUUAGAUAAUGUUAAACACGAACGUAAAAAUCCUUACGCUGGUAUUUUUACGGAUUUUGGUGACAUUUCAAAGGCAUUUAAAAACCAGAUGUAUGUAGAACAAAUGACAGAAGUCACUGUCUCACCCGUACUUUCACCAUUCGGUCAAUCAGAAACUACCUCUUUAUCGCCAGAACUAAAAAAGAAUUUGCAUAAUGCUUUGAUUGAAGAACGUAAACACUGGCAUCAAAUCCUACUAACGGCCUUUAAUGAACAGUUGAAAAGGCUUAAAAUAAUUCAUGCAAAAGGAAAACUGACAGCUUAUCCAUUCCUGAAGAUCUUGCCUGCAUCAAAUUAUAUAGAUCUGAUGAUUUCGGGCAUUGAUAUGUUAAUUGUGGAUUCAGCUUUACAGUAUACCUCCUCAUCAAUUGCUUGUCUUCAACUUGGUCGGCGUGUAGAACGCGCUUGUACUGUAUACCGCCAAGAAAAAAUAGGAUAUUUUAAGCAGUUAGAGAAAAUGUACAUGACAUAUGCUACUUUGUUUAAUGAACAUGAAAUGAAAUUUCCUAAUUUCCGUCAUAUGUGGCUAUAUGCUCUGCAGUCACGUAUAGAUCAAGGUCCGAAUACGCAACAUAAUUGGACUUCGUGGCCUCCAACAAUUCUUUUCAUGAUUGGUGAGGUAUUAUACAGUCUUAUAUAUGAACAUUUACGUUUCGACUUAAAUGGCCCACUUAGAGUUCGUCAUGAAUUCUCAAAAAGUAAUGAAAAGACAAGUAGUAAUAUUCGUCGUAAAGAUACUCCAGCUAUCUUUGAAGUUCUCGCAGAAUUCCCAACUGAAGUAACUAAUGAAAUUAAGGUUCAUCCAACGCUAAUUAACUGGUAUCGUGAUGCAGAUUAUCCACCCUUAAGUUUCCAUCCAUGUGCUCUACCUAUGCUUUGUCCACCAGUUCCAUGGAUCAAUCUUGAUGAUGCUGGUUAUUUGAUUUCAAGAAAUUAUGCAACACGUCUGAUUAGAUGUACCAGUGUUUCAUCAACAAAUCCAACUUAUCUUGAUGACUUGGACUUUGAUUGCAAUCAAAUUCCAUCAAUAUUAGAUGCUCUCAACUGUUUAGCUUCCUGUCCAUGGAAAAUUAAUAACACCAUUUUAGACUAUCUUAUUCAAGUGGCACGUUCUGGUGGCAACGAAACUCUCAAUAUUCCCGAAUGGAGAAGUAAACCUAAACGUGUGGAUUUGAGAAAUGAUAUGACCGCCAAAGAACGUCGGCUCGCCUACAGAAAAUACCAUGAGGAUAGACAAGAUUAUGGUGAAUUUUGUUCACUGUGGAGCACUGAACUGUACAGACUGUCUAUAGCUAAUCAAUAUCGUGACAAAAUUAUUUGGUUUCCACAUAGUAUGGAUUUCCGUGGUCGUGUAUAUCCUUGUCCUCCCCAUUUCAAUCAUACCGGUAGUGAUGUGGCUAGAAGUCUUAUUGUAUUUGCAAAGGGAUUACCUCUUGGUCCUAAUGGCCUAGAUUGGCUUAAAAUACACUUAGUCAAUUUAACAGGUUUAAAGAAGAGAUGCACCCACUCAGAACGUUUAGAAUAUGCCGAUUCUAUAAUGAAUGACAUUAUUGAUUCUGCUGAGAAACCAUUCGAUGGUAGGAGAUGGUGGCAAAAUCAAGCAGAGCCAUGGCAAAUCUUAGCUUGUUGUAUCGAAUUAAAAAACGCUUUGUCACAUCCAUCUGGACCAGAAUCAUAUGUUUCUCAUUUUCCUGUCCAUCAAGAUGGUUCUUGUAAUGGAUUACAACAUUAUGCCGCCUUAGGCCGUGAUCUUCGAGGUGCAAAAUCAGUUAAUCUUACUAGUAUGGAUUAUCCACAAGAUUUGUACAGUGACGUUGUUGAAAUCGUAGAAGAACAAAGGCGUAUCGAUGCUGAUGGCGGGAACUCUAUUGCUAAAACACUUGAAGGUUUUGUUCGGCGUAAAGUUAUCAAGCAGUCUAUAAUGACUACGGUUUAUGGUGUUACUCCAUAUGGGGCUACUGAACAAAUCCGUAAACAACUUCGCGACCUACCUGAUUUUCCCAAAGAGUCUUUACUCCCUGCUUCUAGAUAUUUGGCUCGUUUAACACUGAAUAGUAUCGAAAAAGUUUUUACAUCUUCAGUUGAUAUUCAAAAUUGGCUUUGCAAAAUUGCCAAAUAUAUAUCUGGAGAUUUGCAACAUAGAGUUAGCUGGCAAACUCCUCUUGGUCUACCAGUUAUACAACCAUAUAUCCAGUCAAAUAAAAGUUCGACUGAUUCUGAUGAUUAUACAGUUAACUAUUAUAGCCAACUUAUUGACAAUAAUCAGAAACUAGAUUUACUAAAGAAUGAUAAAACGGGUGACAAUUUGAUAUCAUUGCCAAAAUCAUCUAAACAGACAAGUGCUUUUCCACCGAAUUUUAUUCACUCAUUAGAUUCAUGUCAUAUGAUGCUAACGGGUUUACAGUGCUUAAAAGAAGGCAUUGUUUUCGCCUCUGUGCAUGAUUGUUUUUGGACUCAUGCAGCUACUGUAGAUAAGUUGAAUCGAAUAUGCCGUGAAGAAUUUAUUGCCCUUCACAGUCAAUCAAUAUUAGGCGAUUUUGCUGAUUAUGUAAAACAAAGGUUUGGAUAUACAGACAAGUAUUUUCAUAUAUUGAGAUGGUGAAGAAAGUUGAAGACCUCACUCCUGCCUAAAGAUUUUGCCGAUGUUGUGCAGAAGAAUAACGAAAACUUCACGACUGACUAGACAAUCCAGCUCAGAAAACGAAAUUCUACCAAAAAGGAUUGUCAUAUAAUUCUUGUCAAUGAAUAGGGCAACAAUCGAGUUUUAUUGUAGAACAAUUUGUCUACACUUAUUCUUAUCGUCAGUGGAUUUUUUUCAGUACUGCGACAGUAAUAAAACUAACCAUAAAAAUUCCUAAUUAUAAAAUCAAAACUUAUAAUUUACUUGCAGUAACAAUUAAUUAGCACUAAAUUUAGUCCUAAAUAUAAAUGUCUUAAGUAUUAAGAAGUGUAAAUCAAUUGGACAAUAAAUCUGCAGUCCAUACGUUGGACUUCGUGUUAGUUGUAGUUUGUUUGUUUAUAAUCUUCUAUUUUUUGCCAGUGCUAAUCGAAGACAAUAUAUUUAGUUUGUUUAAUAACUAUAGUCUUGCUUUAUGUUAUGUUCUACUAUUUUUCUGAUAUAUUUCGAUUAUUAAUUUUAAGGAUAUUGAAUAUGUACCUAGCAUUUUCCAAGUUUCCAGAUAUCGACCCCCUGUUUAUUUUAUUCUGUUCAAUUUUAAUUUAUUAUGGGAAUCUCCUAAAAAUCUCACUAAUCAGUUAGAUACUACUAAUUUACUCUUGCCAUAAGGAUUCGUAAUCAAAACAAUCAUAUCAAUAAUAAUUCUUACUAACGAUGGACUAACAUAGUGAAAAAUGUUGUUUAUAUUCGUUUAGAAAGAAGUUUGAUUUAUAUAAAAGCCUAGUUACUUUUCUCUUUUUGCGCUUAGCUCAGGAUUUUGAAACAUGACUAACUUGAAAGAAAAAAGUAACUAUUGUGACCGCACUAACCACGCUGUUUAGAUAUGAGUAUAGCUCAUAACCAAACCAUCUAAAAUCGAUAACACAUGACGUUUUUUAGUCAGUAAUUACGGGAAAACAAAUACAAGUAAAAAUAUUGAUUAGCAAUGGAAAUUUCGUCAUUCGCUACAUUCAGAGUCACCUUUUGUUAUAUCCGAGUGGAGAUUAAAUUACAGGUAACUCCCGAGGACUAUUAAUGGACUAAUAUUCUAUAAAUAUUCUUAUUGUAUAAUUAUUCAACAAUUACAUUACGUAUAUUUAUAUCCCUCUUAUGACAAGCUUUAUUUUGGCCUAUAAUUUAUUAUUGUACGAUUUACGGUUCUUAAGUUAUGUUCAGUUUAUUAACUACUGCCUCCCUCAUUCACGGCCACUUUUUGGGCUUAUUUGUGUACAAAUAUUAUUUCCUAUUUUAUGGUACGUUGCGGUCUGUGUGAUUGAUAUAUAAACUAAGUAUGCCUGAAAUAAACGAUCUGCUCUGAUUCGGAAGCUGGUAUCUUGUUCUGGACUCAAGUGGGAGGGCUCGUAGGACAUAGGACCAAUAAGGACACUAAACUGCCCACACCGGUUGAACGUCAUUGGUUGGCCUAGUGUGAAGAUUCGUAUAAGUCGUAUCCGGAUUGGUCGAUAGGUCGCGUGGUAGCAAAACAAGACAUCCAAGGUCAUAACAAUUGGCGACGGGGAUUUUGGCAAAAACAAAAUAAUUGGGAGACGCAAGGUCAUAACACCUUUUUGCCUAAAAAUUUUCCACACUCAAAGCACUUGUCACAUUUUCAUUUUCUUUCAUAUACACAACCUAUAGUGAUCAUUACGUUUGUAAUAUAUCUGCGUUUUUGUCCUAGACAAAUCAAUGAAUUUAAAAGUGGGAAGAAACGAGAUCAGGCAUUAGCUUUCAAUCGUUUACUUUCGAAUCUCCCUAAAAGAGGUUCGUUCGAUUUGUCCGAAGUUAUGAAAGCAGAAUAUUUCUUCAGUUGAACAAAUCAUUUGCGUCAUAGUUAUAUACAGAAAAUACACUGUACAUAGAGUUGAUUAGAAUAUUUUUACAUCAUUAUGAGUUUGUAAAUAUAAUUCAACUUUUAUUUAUUUUUGUUUAUCAAUUUCCUAUGUUUACGAUUUCGAAAACAAAGUAAGCAACUAAGAUUUAAAAGUAUAGUCGGCUGCAUAAUUAAUUAGUUUGGAUCUCUGUACAAAGUAAUUUUUAGAAUAAUGAACAUAUACCGAAAUCUUGGGACUAACAACAUCAGUUUUAGAAUUAAAACCAGUCUAUAAAAUCAGUCACUGUAAUACCAUUAUAUUUCUGUUCUCUAAUAUCAUAAAAUCACUUGGGAAAUCGGUUUACGGGACACGUCCUAACCAGAUCGAACCACAAUUUCUGAUAAUAAUUAGACUAUAAAAACUAAAUAAGUCAUUUAUCUUUUAAAAAAUAAGAGGAACUACAACUUGUUACAUGACUGACGGGUUGAUUAACUACUUUAAAUAUUUCAAUCUAUGAAUA